AUGGCGGAAGAGAGUGAAAUCGACAGGCUGCUCGAUUUGGAGCGGCUAGCAGAGUUGGAAGAUCCAGGUGAGUUGGAUCAGUGGCCAGAGCAGGAACGGCCCGAAGCAACAUUAGCGCUCACGCCAGCUGAGUCAGAGCUUUUCUCUGCAUCGGCCAGUGCCCGGCCCCAAAACCAGCAAAGUUCGCCGAGCGGCGUGCUUCAAGGGCGCGAGUACGAGCAGGCCCUGCAAGGCUGCUUGUUGAGGGCUGCUAAACGGCCAAGAAUAGUCAUGCCUUGGGAGACCCCCUUGAUGCGGGACAUUUUUGGAACCACUGAGCCCCCGGUCGUGGUGCCGCAAGCUCAGUUACAAACCACAGCCCCGCCUUCCGAGCCGGACCGAGACCCGGGCGAAGCCAUUGGCAAGAUACUUAUGCCACCCAGAGCGGGGGCGUCAUCCGCUUUGUCGGCAGUCAAGAACCGCCCAAACGUGAAUUUCCCCAAGAGUGAACAAGCUUCAAGACUGAAGGGAAUCUCUCUGUGGUGCGACGUCAUAGGGGUCGCUCCACAACACUUCGGCAUCACCAGGCACGUCCAGCUAUCGGACGAAGACAACGGCGGCCAAGUCGCCACCGAGCUUUUCACGUGUGUCGAUGCAGUGAUGGGGGUCAAAGCCCCAUCCACCAUCAACUCUAGAGGGAUGGUUGUGAAAAGGUACCUUUAUUGGUGCACGCAGAACGACAGGUUAGCAUGGCCGAUGAAGGAAGCAGUGUCGUUCGAUUAUGUCCACCACCUCAAGGCACUUGGUGCUCCAACCGCUCCGGCCUCAUUGCUGCAGGCGGUAAACUUCAUGAUCUACACGAUUGAACCCGAGGGAGCAACGGCCAUCAUUUCCAGCUUCCUGAUUCAGGGAGUGGCUAAGCAAGCCUCGAGCAAGAAGAGACCAUUGAAGCAGGCGCCGGCGCUUACCGUCGCCAUGGUACUGCGCUUGCACGCCAUCCUCAGGAACACAUCUGAAGGAGUUUUUGACCGGCUAGCUGCAGGACUCAUGCUCAUGUGCGUGUAUGGACGCUGCAGAUGCUCCGACCUCAGACACAUUGAGGAGAUAUGUCUGGACAUUACAGGGAGGCACGGCUUUAUCGAAGUCCGGACGGAACAUCACAAGACAGCCAACAGAGAAAAGAGAAGGCUCCUGCCCAUCGUAGCUCCAGCCUUUGGAGUCACAGACGAGAACUGGGCCGAGCAGUUCCUAACCUUACGGAAGCAAGUCCUCGGCGAAUUUGCGCCCGGGCCAUUCCUCCCCGCUCCUCUUUCUGACGACUCCUUCUCUGAGCGCAGCCUCGAGAGUGACGAAUUCACGUCGUUGCUGCGCUACCUACUAAGGCAGCUGGAUAACGUAGAAGAUCUCACGUCUCACAGUUGUAAGGAGACGGUGCUGGCAUGGAUGGCCCGCUUCGGGGCCGACAAACCCACCUUGGAAUUCCUAGGUCGGCACGUGGGGAGCAUUACGUCGAGCGACGUGUAUGCCAGGGGGAUGCAAUCCCGGCCUCUGCGAAAGCUCGCGAUGGCUCUAAACGCCAUACGGGCGGGUACAUUCCUGCCCGAUGAGACAAGAAGCGGUCUCUUCAGGUCCCGCCAGGACAGCCGGCCCAUCGAGACGGGCAUUAACUCCCGUGGGGAACCAUCAGAAACGACGUCUGCCUGGAAGGUAGUCUCGAACGAAGAAGAAAGGAGUCCUGCCUCUCCUGAUCGAGACCAGGAAACAGCAUCAUUGCCGUCGGCAGCACCAGCCCCGGUGUCGGAGGAGGAAGCCAACAGCGGUGCUGAGGUUCCAAAAGAAUCCGGUGCAGGCAGCACGUCGGAUUCCUCGGACAGCUCUUCCUCAGAGUCGGAAUCACAAUCUUCCCAAGAAUCAGCAGUCAUGCCUCCGCCGGGGGCCGGCAACUUGUUUUUCCUGAAUCCUAAAGGGAAGGUCCACAUACUGGCAAACGAGUCAAGCCAGACUUUUAAGUGUGGCAGGAAGUGGCACGGCAGCAUGAUACCUGUCAGGUCACUAGGGCAGGGAGCCGAGACCUGCUCGCAAUGUGAUCCGAGUGCUUUUCCAAUUCGCACAAGGGCGGACCUUAUUGAAGCGAUCAACAAGAAGCUCAAGCGGUGA